UUUGGAUUUAUUUGCAGGCAACAAGAUAAUAAACAAGAAAGAUUUCUUCAAGUUCUCAACAAGGUUCUAUUGCAGUUAAUAUAUAAGACAGAAUGAAGAAAAAACUUUUUGAGAAGAUGAAAAAGUUGCCUUCAUGUUCUGCGCAUAGUCUCAACUCCCCAAAACACCAAACCGCCGCGGACGUACGUGAGGAAUAUGCUGAUGCCUUCCGCACUGAAUCAUACCUGGAUUUCUGGACACGUGUCGUUGCCUAUUCCAAUGGAGAAUCUACCACAGCAGCCAGACUCCCUUCUUACCGUUUGUUUGCGGAGCAUCUCUUGGAUCCAGAUCAACCCACAGUCAUUAAGGUUUUAUCCAUGACCCCUUACCCACGCAAAGUCCAUUCCCUCCUCUCACAAUAUUUUGCCCAAACUGCUAAUGCUUCUCUACUUUGUAGCCUUAUUUUAAAAGACAUUGAUCGCAUGCGUGUCAUGUAUCAAUCUCUUAAUACCAUUCUUCACUCUCCUCCCAUUCAUUUUUCUACAUUGAUAAGCGAAUUAGCCAAAUUUGCUUCAUCCGGCCCGUCAUUCAGCCGAAUUCAAGCAACUCGAUCCCAGUGUUCCAACCUACUAAAACAGCUUGAGUCAAAGCGUGAUAAAGUGAGGACCAAGUUGAAAUUGAUAACUAGGUUAAGACGUGGCUCGGCAUUUAUGCUUGUGACAAUAACAAGUUCAUUAAUUGCGGUUAUUUUGUCUCAUGGCUUUAUGUUGCUGGUGGGUGCCCCUGGAUUUAUUAUGGCUCCAAUGACGGAUAUAGCUUCGGAAAGAAAGCUGGCUGGAGUAGCGGCUCAACUUGAUGCAGCAGCUAAAGGGACUUACAUAUUGAGCAAGGACUUUGAGACAAUUAGUGGAAUUGUGACUCGAGCCAAUGAUGAGUUAGAGCACAUCAAGUCGAAUAUUAGGUUUUGGCUUGAGAGAAAAGAAGAUCAAUACCAAGCUAAUGGUGAAGUGGUUCGACUAAUGAAGAAAAGUCAAUGCGGUUUUAGUGAUCAGUUGGACGAAUUAGAGGAACAUUUGUAUCUAUUUUUCAUGAAUAUCAAUAGGGCACGACAUCUCGUCUUGAAACUUAUAUUGGAUUCGAGUUUAUUCAAGGAUUUAUAAUCAAUUACCCUAAAAAAAAUCAAUUUAUUACAUGUAAUGUCCCUUUAUUUAUUUUUCAUAUAUAUCAAGAAUAUACAAGUGUAUGACU